GAAAUUUACAAUCUAUCCACCCUUCUUAAAGUGCAUUGAUGCACUUCCUGGAAACUUAAAAAUAACGAUUCAAAUCGAGGGUUACUGUGGUCAUUUCUCCUCACUGCUCGUGUAUCACUCUAAUCCAUCACCGUUUCACACCUCCGGCACUCCCUGAACCGCCGAUCGCCAAACAAAAAUUAAAAAAUAAUGAUUAAAAAAAGAUUUUUCAAUUAAUUGAAAUUACUGUGAGAGCGAGAGAGAGAACUGACAAUGCGAGAAUGGCUCAGCACAGACAAUCAAGCCAUCACAGCAACAACUCAAACGGCACGUCGUCCGGUGACCAAGUGUCCAUCGGCAUCCGAAGCACGACGUUUCACGGCAAAUCGUCUCGCUCCCGCCGAUCGGCGCGCUCCGAUAAGUCUGCUUGCCAACUCUCUGUUGCCUCCGUCUCUGUCUUCCUCUUGCUUGUGCUCUUCGUCACUCUCUUAGCCUAUUUUUACAUCUCUGGAUAUAACACUGACGAUGCUGUUGUUCAUACUGAUAAUGAAGACACAAUUAGUUACCAUGCUGUGGAUGGUGAUUUGAUGAAUGAAAUUGAUUUUCUUACUAAUGUGACACGGAGGGACACAUUUAAAGUUCUUGGAUUUGGCAAGGGCUCGGUAACGCAGGGAAGAGAUUCAAGAUAUUGGGAUAAGGAUGAUAGGAGAAGGGAUGAUGAUUACAAUGAGGAUGAAGUAGAACGUUCUAGCACAGCUGCAAAGGGUGGAAGUAAUAAUAUGGGCCAUGUUCCAGUGAAAAUGAUGAAUGGCAACAAGAAGAUUUCUCAUGAUGAUCCACAUCAGGGUUUAGAUGGAAAAGGAGUUGAUUUGUAUAACGAAGCUGGGCGUGAUGAAUUGAAAAUAUAUGAAGCAAAAUAUGAAGCAUCCCUAAAGAAUUUGGGCCAAUCAGGAAAUGCCAAAGGAAUUGGAAAUCAACAAUCUGAAGAUAAAGAUUUUGAGAUGCGAAGUGAGGCUAUUGAUGUUGAUGAUGAGUAUGAUAAUAAUGCUGAAUUUCAUGAUACUCAAGUGGAAUACGAUGAUUCUGGUCAUAACAAAGGGGAUGACUCAGAUUUAGCAAAAAUCCAUGAUCAGAUCCAUAUGGACUCAUCUGAUUUUCAUGAUACUCAAAUGAAGGAUGAAGAUUUUCUCAAGGAAGUUGAGGAAACUUCAAACAAAUCAUUUGCAAACUCUUCUAUAAAAUCUCAAAAUUUAGGCAAUUCUGAUACACAUCAUCGAGAAGUCAGUAUUAUUGGUGGCAAAUCUACAAAGAGUUCACGAUCGGAAUCAAAAACAAAAAAACGCCGUAAAUUUUCUGGGUCAUGUGAGAUGAAGUUCUUAAAUUCAACUACACAGCUUGUGGAGCCUUUGGAAAGUCGAAAAUUUGCAAGAUUUUUCCUGCAGUAUACUGAAGUGGAGGGGAAGCCUGAUGGAGUUGCAGAGUGGGAGCCUAGAUUUGCUGGGCAUCAGAGUUUACAAGAGCGGGAAGAAUCAUUUUUGGCACAUGACCAAAAAAUAAAUUGUGGCUUUGUUAAAGGUCCUGAAGGUUCUCCAAGUACUGGAUUUGACUUAUCAGAAGAUGACGCAAAUUAUAAUAGUAAAUGCCACAUUGCUGUUGUCUCAUGCAUUUUUGGAAAUUCAGAUCGCUUGAGGGUACCUGCUGGUAAAACGGUUACUCGUUUGUCAAGGAAAAACGUCUGCUUUGUUAUGUUCAUGGAUACUCUGACUUUGCAAACACUUAUUUCAGAAGGUCAGAUACCAGAUAGAACAGGCUUUAUUGGUUUAUGGAAGAUAGUUGUUGUGCAUAAUCUUCCUUAUACUGAUAUGCGUAGAGUGGGAAAAAUACCAAAAUUGUUGUCACAUCGACUAUUUCCUUCUGCAAGAUAUUCAAUUUGGCUGGAUAGCAAAUUACGUCUUCAGCUUGACCCUUUACUCAUCUUGGAAUAUUUCUUGUGGCGAAAAGGUUAUGAGUAUGCCAUUUCUAACCACUAUGAUCGGCACUGUGUAUGGGAAGAAGUUGCACAAAAUAAGAAGUUGAACAAGUAUAACCAUACAGUCAUUGACGAACAAUUUGCGUUCUACCAGAAUGAUGGGUUGAAAAGAUUCGAUGCCUCAGACCCUAACAAGCCUCUCCCUAGCAAUGUUCCUGAGGGAUCUUUCAUCGUAAGAGCACACACUCCAAUGUCAAAUUUGUUCUCCUGUCUUUGGUUCAAUGAGGUUGACCGUUUUACUCCUCGGGAUCAGCUAAGUUUUGCUUAUACAUAUCAGAAAUUAAGGAGGACAAAUCCUAGCAAAAUGUUUUAUCUUAAUAUGUUCAAGGACUGUGAGAGGAGAACCAUAGCUAAGCUGUUUCGACAUAGAGCAGAGGAGAAGCGGGGUUCUCAUCAACAUGCAGCCACAUAAAUAGGUUGAGAUGUUCAACUUUUCACCCAAAGCUGAUAUAUAUAUUAUGAUCGGACGCACUUUUCCAGUGCCUUGUGAAGUUAUUUACAAUUCCCUUGACUUGUUGUAAAAGUGGUGGUUUCCGACACAAUACUUCAUCUUCUGCAGCUUUGAUUUGAAGAAAGUCUGCUGGAUCUACAACAUUUCCCACAGUGAAUACGACAGUUGAGUUCUCCAUUUCUGGAGCCCUCUUAGGAUGAAUGCAGAAAAGAAAAUUUAUAUAUAUCCAUUUAUCCAAUUCAUUUUACAGUUUCCGUCUAGCGGAAAUCCGAGCACACUCGAUAAAUUUGACUAUUUCCAUACAAGUUAAUAUUCUUUGUUCCCUUCUUGAUUUGUUGAGGUCUGUAUGAUAUCUGGGUAAUUUGUUCAGUGAUGCUGCAGAUUCAAGAUUUUACCUGGUGGGUGUCCGUGUUUGGCCUCAUCAUCUUGGUGCUUCUUGAUGAACAUUGAAAUUCGUUGAUUUAAGUGAUGUUUACACCUGGCCCGGCUUAUCUUAUCCUCUUGUUAUUCAGGGCCAUGUAUGGUCCCAAGAGGCUCUGUUGACUUGUCAAAGGUUUCAAUGUGUCUUUAGACUUUUUUGACAUCUUAGACCUUAAUAUAUGAAUUUAUUUAUCUCA